GUUUACAAGUAGGAAAUCACUAAUCCAACUUGCUCUUAAAGUGAUUCAAACAGUGAGUUUGGGUGGACUUUGUUCCAGGCCCAAAUCGGCCUAUCCAGCAAAAGUGAUCAAAGCCACGUCACCUUGACUUUAAAAUUUAGUGAUGUAUAAAACACGAACUCAAGAAACCCUAAACGGACGCUUGGAGAUGGAGCCGUCUGAUGUCAAUGCCUAUGAUAGAGCUGCGGAUGCCAAUAGCUCACAAAUCCAGUCUGAAAACAUGUCAAAAUCUCAGCCUGGCUCUAAAGAAGAGAAAUCAAAACAAACUGUUGAAGCAAAUCCAUUAGCCAAGGAUGAUACUUCAGUUGGAAGGUUAUCGGAGACUCAUAAGUUCUGGGAGACUCAACCUGUUGUGCAGUAUAAGGAUAUCGGAGACACGAGUUUGCCUGAAGGCCCAAUUAAUCCCGCAACUUUGGUAUCUGAGGUCAAGACAGAGCCGUAUAACCUUCCUGGUCAAUUCGAAUGGACCACAUGCGAUAUGAAAUCUGAUGAUACGUGUUCAGAGGUGUACAAGUUUUUCAAGGAAAACUAUCCUGAUGAUGGAUAUCAGUUCAUGGUUGAGUACUCCAGGGAGUUUCUAAGGUGGGCAUUGUGUCCACCUGGUUAUGAAAAGCGCUGGCAUAUUGGAGUCCGUGUCAAGACCUCCAAGAAACUCGUUGCUUUCAUUAGUGGCGUGCCAUCAAGAAUCAGGGUGCGUGCUGAGGUUUUGAAAAUGGCAAAGAUCAAUUUCUUAUGUGUUCACAAGAAGAACCUCAGGUCUAAGGGACUUGCUCCUGUCUUGAUCAAGGAGUUGACUAGAAGGGUUCACUUGCAGAAUAUAUGGCAAGCGGCUUAUACCUCACUUGAUGUACUUCCUACACCAGUCACCACAUGCCAAUACUGGGUCAGAAUGUUGAAACCUAAGAAGCUAAUCGAUGUUGGAUAUUCAACACUUCGUGAAAGAAUGACACUGAGCAUGACCGUCAAACUUUACAAGUUACCUGAUGCACCGAUCACUCCUGGAUUCAGGGAAAUGGACCGACGUGAUGUCCCUGCUGUUACAAAGUUGCUCAAUAACUACCUUUGCCAGUUUGGAGUUGCGAGGGACUUUGGUGAAAAGGACGUCGAGCACUGGCUUCUCCCAAGAAAAGAUGUCGUACACAGUUACUUAGUAGAAACUCAUGACGUGAUCACUGACUUUUUCAGCUUCUACACUGUCCCUUUAACUAUCAUCGGUAACCCGAAAUACAAAACAGUGGAAUGUGCUUAUUCUUACUAUAAUGUCGCGACUAAGACCUCCUUUCCCCAGCUGAUGAAUGAUGCCCUAAUCGUCUCUAAGCAAAAAGGUUUCGAUGUGUUCUACGCCUUGGAUGUUAUGCACAAUGAGAGUUUCUUAAAAGAGUUGAAGUUUGAUCAAGGAGAUGGACAGAUGCACUACUAUCUCUAUAAUUACCGUUUGAGAAGUGCAUUGAAGCCAUCAGAACUUGGGCUUGUUCUUUGGUAAGCUAUUGAUCAAUAAUUUGCUUGGAAGUUAUUAGUUUGGUAUACAAACUUGAUUUUUUAAAUUUAUUGUGUAUCUGAACUACUUCUCCCAUGCCUCAUGCAUUGCUACAAUAACCGAGUUUAAUUCUA